CGUCCUGAUCCAAAAUCAUGCAUGCGCGGGUCCUCAAGCGGCGUCCGCCGACGCCCGAUGCCAGCGUUGCCUUGGACGACGAGCUGGUGUGUCUUCUCAUGGAGAUUGAGCGCAUCUACCUCCAGCACCCGAGACACCUCCAGAUUCGCAUCGAGCGCUGGGUCGACAAGAUCUCGGAGCCCAUUCUCAACGUCCAGUGGAAGCGCAGCGCCAACGACCACGCUCUCUUGCUGCUCGAGAUGACGCGAUCCGGGGUCUUUCGCACGCCGUUCGAUCGCAACCCGCCGCACGGGCCGCUGCGAACGCUGCCGCGCUACAUGAUUCAUGCGCGGGACAGCGUCACCAACAAGCCGCUCGCACGGGACGGCAAGAACUGCUGGAGCCAAGCGUACGAGCGCGUCGUUCUGCGCACUUCGUCGCCGGCCGAGCUGCAUGCGGCGCCUGUGACCCGAUCAGCGUCGUACGUGGAAAUGACCAACCAAACGCUCGAUGCGCUCGAGACGUCGCUCGAGUCGGAGCGCACCAAGUGCGCGGCUCUGACGGCCCAAGUUCAAGAGCUCAAAGUAGUCACAAAGACGCAGGCAGACGCGCUCUCGGCCGUCAAGCACGAGCUGCAGCAAGCCAAGAGCCUGCAUCAUCGCGAAGUUGAGCGCUUGCAGCUGCUCCACACGGUCGAAAUCGACGAGCUCAAGAAGCGCCAUCACGACCAGAUGCAACGCGCGAUCCUUGCCAACGACCGGGUGCUCGCUGCUCAGCGCGCCGACGCCUGCGUGGCGCCAAGGGACCACGCCUCGAAUGUCGACGACUUCCUCUGCUUCAUUGAGCGCUUCCAGCACGAAACAUCGGUGCUCACGCAGCAGACGUACACGACUCCGCCGUCACUUGGCCACGCCCCAUAG